AGCAGGCAGGCCUUGGGACCAGGCCCUGGGCUUCCUUGCCAGGCGGCAAAGCCCAAUCCUUUCUGAGGACUGGGAGUCAUCAGUCCAAGUCAGGAAUCUCUGUGAUUAAUUUUCCAAGGGUGGAAGAAACUUCUUCUAAAAGCAUCAAGGAAAGCCUCCUCCAAGAGAAAAUCGGGGCGAUCAACACCCACCCUCAAAGAAAGUUCCUGAGGCAGGACUGAGGUUCCAAGUGGAACAAAAAUUUGGCUGACGGUGUCCUUGAACUUGGCUUCUGGGUACAGGUGGGACACAGCUGACACUACCACUUAGCUACCUCUUCACCUGCAGCCCCCUGUCUCAGACUCCUCAGGGCCUGGGGAGCUCACCCUACGGUCUAGCUCUGUCUCUUGUGGACUCCUGACCCACACUGGGAUGGAUGUGCUCCCUUCCUGUGCCCCAGGAGCCCCUGCGCCAAGUGGCUGUGACUAGGGGCACCCACGGAAAUGAGAUGUGUGGCGUCCACCUGGUCCGGCAUUGGCUGCAGGCCCCAGGGGAGCUGCAGAGACCCAGCUUCUCUGCCAUGCCAGUUCUGGCCAACCCAGCAGCCACAGCUGCCUGUCGCCGUUACAUGGACCAUGAUCUCAGCCGCACUUUCACCCUUCCCUUUCUCAAUUCCACAGCCACUCCCGAUGACCCAUAUGAGGUGACAAGAGCCCGAGAGUUGAACGAGCUACUGGGUCCCAAGGGCACAGACCGGGCCUUUGACUUUACAGACCUGCACAACACCAAAGCCAACACUGGAGUCUGCCUCAUCUCUGAAGCCUCCCACAACGCCCUCAACUUGCACCUGUGCCACUACCUACAGCUGCAGAACCCGGGGCUGCCCUGCCGCCUCUUGCAGUACGAUCUACCAGGGAUGGAGACCUACAGCUUGGAAUCUGUGUCCAAGGAUGGAAUCUGUCUGGAGAUGGGCCCCCCAGCCUCAGGCGAGCUGCGGGCCGACCUGUUCUCACGGAUGAGAGCUCUGAUGGCGUCCAUUCUGGACUUCAUCGAGCUCUACAACCAAGGCAUGGCCUUUCCCGCCUUUGAGAUAGACAUCUACAGGAACCUGGGCAAGGUGGACUUCCCACGCACUGCGGACAGUGACUUGGAUGGUACUGUGCACCCUCAGCUGCAGGACCACGACUUUGAGCCACUGAGGUCUGGUGAACCCAUCUUCAAGCUGUUCAGUGGUGAGGACGUACUGUAUGAGGGGAACUCCACUGGGUACCCUGUGUUCAUUAAUGAGGCUGCUUACUACGAGAAGCACGUGGCUUUCCUGAAAUCUGAGAGGAUCCGGGUCUCUGUGCCUGCCCUGCUGGAACUGACCUCCAGCUUCACCCUGGCCCCCUAACCCAAGUCAUACCUGCCUGGUCUCAGUCUCCCUUUCUGAACAAUCAGUCCUAAGGCAUAGUUCCAAGCCCAGGGGCCACUGUCCUACACUGGGCACCACGUCCCUUGCCAGACAACCAAUCUCAUGAUAUAAAUGCAAUGAGCCUGGA